AUGAAGGUCCUAGCCUGGUAUAUCACGAUCUUCCUGAUCUGCGGAUGCUCUGCGCGAAACGUGGCACAAGAUCGUAGCAAACCUGGUAAAAACAAGAUCAUUCCUAGAUCUAUCACAAAGACAGCACACAGCAAUGGUUCAAUUACUUACAACCUGCUUGCAAUCACUGACAUGGAUGAAGAAGGAAGAGAGGCAAAGGAUAAAUAUAAUUGGCGCGCUGUAACUAGGAAGGGAACACUUACUAUAAGUAAAGACAAAAAAACGGUGACCGUGGAAUGGUUGAAGGGUUCUGAUCAGAAUGUCACUUCGGGACUGAAUUACAAAGGAAGGGCAAUGGAGUUGUCAGAUCUCUCAGAAUACAACGGACACCUCCUCUCACCUGAUGAUAAGACCGGAAUGUUGUACGAAAUUGAAGAUGGGAAGGCAAUUCCAUGGGUUUUCCUUAACUCUGGACCAGGAAACACAACUAAAGGAAUGAAGGCAGAGUGGUUAACUGUAAAGGAUGGUUUGCUGUAUGUAGGAGGUCACGGUACUGAAUACAGAAACAAGACCGGAGCUGUAGUGAGCGAAGAUUCAAUGUGGAUUAAGACCAUCACAAAAACCGGAGAGGUAAAAAGCGAGAACUGGAAGGAUAUUUAUACGAACAUGCGCAAUAAAGCUGGGUACCGUGAACCCGGUUACUUGACGCAUGAGGCAGUGCAAUGGUCAGAGAUUCGAAAGAAGUGGUAUUUCCUACCUAGAAAAGCCUCAACAACAAUCUACAAUGAGAAACAAGACGAGACGAAGGGUGCUCACAUACUAAUCGAAGCUGAUCCCAAACUAACCGAGUUCAAGGUGAUUUACGUUAAAAAUCCCAAAGGUAGUCGCAAGGAUCAUCCAGAAAGAGGCUUCUCUGCCUUCGACUUCAUUCCAAAUACUGAUGAUAAACUGAUUGUUGCAAUUAAAUCAAAGGAAGUGACGGAUAGUUCUCCUGAGAGCUACAUUACCGUGUUCAACGUCGAUGGUCAGACCUUGCUGAACCGGCAAACGUCGUCAGUUCCUGAACUUGCGCACAUUGAUAGACCGACAUCUGCGGUUAUCGAGGAACUACCGUCCGAGUCGGAGGUUCUGGUCUGUAUCCAAAAGAUGGAAAAUGGAAAAUCUAACGGAGACGACGGGACUGGUGCUGAACAGUUGAAAUAUCUUCCUUCGUCCGGGUUUGAUCGCCUUGUUCAACGUGUUCUGAGGAGCUUGUCGGAUUCGAGCUGGAAAAAGCCUCCUGGCCGAAAACGGAUGUUCUGGACUGAUGUGGUGAAAGAGGACCUGAGGACACUCGGCGUGAAUAUACAGUUCAGGCGAGACGUAAGGUUUCGCAGAAUAUGGAGUAGCGACGAAUGGAUUGAUUCUCUGCAAGCUCUCGCAGAAGGUCGAGAAGGUUGGGCAGAGCUGUGUUCAAAGACGGCACCCCACAGUGAAGAUGCUGGUCAUCGGGUCAGGCUAUGA